UUGAGGAUUGGGACAGUUUUCAGGCCAUUUUGGAUCACACCUACAAGAUGCACUUCAAGUCUGAGCCCAGCCUGCAUCCAGUGCUCAUGUCAGAAGCAUCGUGGAACACACGAGCAAAAAGAGAGAAACUAACAGAGCUGAUGUUUGAACAUUACAACAUUCCUGCCUUCUUCCUCUGCAAAUCCGCUGUGCUGUCUGCCUUUGCCAAUGGGCGAUCUACAGGCUUGGUCCUGGACAGCGGCGCCACACACACCACAGCCAUUCCAGUGCAUGAUGGCUACGUCCUGCAGCAAGGCAUUGUCAAAUCGCCCCUGGCUGGAGACUUCAUGAGCAUGCAGUGUAGGGAGCUGUUUCAAGAGUUAAAUGCUGAAAUAAUCCCCCCGUACAUGAUUGCAUCAAAG